UGGGUGCUUAUGGGAGCUGAAAGAGAAGGUGCUUUCACUGCACGCUAUGAUCAAUCGCUUGUACCCGCUUGCGCUGCCUGAAUAAGUUUGGACUUGAUAACAGCAGCAGAAACAAAAAACUUUAAUGGAAAAAUUCCGGCUAUAAAAGUCCGGACACUGCCUGGUGCGGCUUUUUACUUUCGUGAAUUUCUAAGUUACACUGGACGACACAGUUUACCAUACUGAGAAAAUACAGUACAAAGAACCUGUUGUGGAAGUAGCAUGAUGACCUCAAAACAGACAGAAAAGAAUAAACGAUGAACAAAAAAGGAGAUUCUUAUAAAAACAAAAAAGUAAUACUGCAACAAUAAUACAGUGUCUUAUUUUGAUAUUGCUUUUCUUCAGCUACAAUUAUACUUGUUAUUAUCCAUUUAAACCUUCUCCUCUCCAUUUUUAUUAUCUCACAUAUCAAUUGUAAGGAGUAUGAAAAAAGAAGGAAAUGGAGCCGAGUUUUUUGAUUAUCUAUCUUUGUCUCAGCAACCAAAUACCGAGGAUUUUUUAACUAACAAAAAUCCGCACCCACAGCAGCAAGAAGUGGCAACAAGGGAAGGAGAAGAUAUACCUUAUAAUGGAGAUCCUAGCAGAAAUAACGUAGGCUGGAAGCCUCAGGCAAUGUCGUAUCAUUUGGGGUCUUUGCCUCCCAAAGAAGAACCUCAAAGAACUGAGCAACAACAACAACAACAGCCCCCGCUAGUGAUGAACGAAAAGAACCAGGGAAAUAGUCGUAAUAGCUACAUACAACCUUCUAGCAUGAAUACAACAUCUAAGAAUACUCCUACCAUGAGCUAUAGCAAUAAACAGUAUCUUCAAAAUGAAAAUACAAGCAACCAACAACAUUUCCAAGAAUCAAUUUCCAACUGCUCUUUCAACAAAGCCAGCAAUCAGAAACAUAUCGACAGCAAAGAAAACCAAGCGAUUGAGAGCAAUCAAGUAUGUGGUACCACGCUUACUCCGAGGGAUGACGAAGACCCAGAUAAGAAAAUAACAUCACCUGCGGAAAAGGUUAAGCAACGUAAUGGUACCCCAUCCGACUCAUACUAUAAAGAGAGCAUUAAUGAUCAAGGUUAUCCAUAUUCUCGUCGAUACCCUUCUCGUCAUCAACUUCGACAAGGAUAUAUUCAGAAAGAUCCACAUUUACGACCCUAUUCUCCUAUGGUACAUCAUCCGCCACUACUGCCUCUAAUGAGUCACCAUUUCGCACCACCAGCUGUCGUUGAUUCUUUGGUCGGUAGUGUUUCGCCACGAGAAGUGCAUGCUAUUCUAGAUGAAAACUAUCUUUUGAAGUAUGAAUUGGAUAGCCUCGGUCAACAAUUUCAAAUGGAGAAAUUGGGUUUUCAGAGACAUAUACGAUAUUUAACUGCUCGUAUAAGGUAUUUGGAGGAGAAAAAAGAAGGCAUUUUUGAAGCCGAAGACGAUAGAAAGUCUUAUCGUAUCUCUUCACAGCAGCAACAAGAUCCAGACAGCAGCAGGAAUGAUGAAGCUCGUGUAACUACAGACUCACAUGACGAUUUAUUGAGCAGGGACUAUUCAUAUCGUAUUAAAGGAAAGAGUAGAAACGAUGACAGCAGCGUGAAAAAUAAAAGAGUAGAAACGAUGACAGCAGCGUGAAAAAUAAUUCAAGUAUCAGAAGACAUUCUGAUCAUGAUUAUCCACGCUCUAGCGAAGGGAAGAAAGCCUACUAUCGUCCAUUCACUAAUGAAGAAGAUCCAAUAUCUGCAGAUCCUCUGUCUUUAUCGCCAACAUUUCCAGCUGCCGGCGGUAACAAACGGGCAAAAAAGAGUAGUAAUGUAAAAGGAUAUAAUGAUUGGUAUGGUGAGUCGCCUUACGUGAAGGCACU